AUGCGAGCAGCGGCUCCAGGGGGGCUCCGCUCCCCGCCGGGGGCUCUGCUGGUAGCUGGCUACUUUGUGCGAGUGCUGCUGCUGCUCCCAGCCCGGGCCUCUCCGGCAGCAGACCCCCCUCGCCUCGGGCAGCAUCCGCCCCAGUGCAAAGACUUGCCCGCGAGCCGCCCGGUGCACGGAGAUCCCCCUCCUCUCGGGGCCGGGCACGAGGUCUCGGUGGCCCUUGCCGCUGGCUCGCGGUUUCCUUCUCCCGAGGAGUCACCCCGCGGCCGGGCUCCCCGCCUCCCGAGCGGCGGAUGGUGCAGCCAGACGGCAGCCCAGGUUGUUACAGAUAAGCAGCGGAUUAAAAAAAAGAGAGACUGCUUCGGUAUGACAGCUGUAGAAUUACUGGGAACAGGAUUAAAGGGAACAAAUGAAGACCAUGAUCUGCUUUUGACUUCCGCAGCACCAGAUGUGCAUGGGAUCCAUUCACUGUUUGCCUUGAUCCCCUCAUGGACAAAGAAGAUUUUGUUCAAACGAGAGUCUACCAUUAACCAGCAGCUGCCAGAAGAUGUGCCAAGAAUUUCAGUGUCUUCUGGGUAUGGGAUAACUCUUCAGAAAUGUGCAGUGGUGGCUACUCAACAUGAUCUCCAAACUGCAUAUGUAAGACUUCUGAUAAAUAAUACCAACACACCAUCUGCAUCCAAUGUCACAGAUCUCAUUCUGCUGGACAAUAUUACUGGCCUCCAUGUUCAAGGAACCAGUGGUAAUAAGACUACAGAUGGGUUCCAGAUAUAUAGGAGAGGAUUCCUGCAAGUUGGAGAAUACUACUCAAUCAACUACAUUGCAUUUCUUGAUGCAAAAGAAACCUGGGAUGGCAGAGUCUUGACACUGCCUGCUAAAUUGACCUUCAACAGUUCAUCACUGAACAAAACACAGCAUAGUUUGACUGCAUCAUUCACCAUAACAGGAGAGGAAAAGACUAAGAUUUUGUACAGCCAUGGCAUCCAUGCUUCAGGAUUCUUCGUUGCUUUUGUUAUUUCUCUUGUAUUAACAUGCGUUGCGUUUUUUGCUGUUUACCAAACUAGAAGAUUAAAAUGGAGUUUCCUUAAUAAAAACCAGGAGAUACGAUAUGAUCUUACUCUAGAUCACAAACUGGAGUAUUCACAGUUUAAUUCAGGAGAUCCCUUUAAUGAAGAUGUCAUUAUGAAUGACCAAAUCAUUGAGAUACUGGCCUUUGAAGACUCCAAGAACAUGCUUCAAGCUUUAGAAGACUUGAAGGUAGCAAACCUGACUCGUGCAGAUGCUGAUCUGGAAGCAUAUCGAAUGCAGAUGUGCAAAGAGGUGAUUGCCAUGUUGAUGAAGAACAUGGUUUUCAGACACAGUCUCUCUCCUAAUGUGGAGAAAAGGAUGGGUUCAAUUCUCAAAAAGCAGUUUUUUGCAAUGGAGAAUGAAGUUGAGGAGGAGUAUACAAGGAAGAUGGUGGCUUUAACCGCCGAAUGUAAUCUAGAGACUAGGAAGGAAAUGGAGGUUCAGCACCAACGAGAGAGAGCUGCAAAUGAUGAGGCUGAAGAAUUAAUCAAGCGAUUGAAUGAGAAGGUAAAUCAGUCUGCUAUAGAAUACAGAUGUCUUCUGGAAAAAAUUCACAAACUUGAGCAGAACCACAUGAAGAGGUUCCUUUUGGUGAGGCAGGAGGAGUACUUUGCAAAAGCUUAUCGACAGCUGGCUAUUUUCCAGAGAACAGAGCUCCAUAAUGUCUUUUUUACUCAGAUAAAAAAUGCCAUUUUCAAGGGAGAAUUGAAGUUAGAAGCAGCCAAAGCAUUAGUGCAGGAUUACUCUAAAAUACAGGAGGACAUUGAAGAGCUAAUGGAUUUUUUGCAGGCUAAUAAGAAGCAUCAUCUGAGUAAAAGAUUUGCUUACAGAGAGUACCUAAUAAAUAAUAUACAUUUAUGGGAUUCCCAAGCCUCUUCUCUCUUGAACACAGCAGCAAGCCAGAUAACAAGUCUCAUUAACAAGACGGAAAGAGCUGGUCAUUUGUCUGAAAAUCAUUUGGGAACACUUCUAGACCAAGCUCAGGCAGAAGUUCAUUCUGUUAAACAGAAGUUGGAUCAUAAUUUAAAACAGGAAAAGCAAAGGCUUCACCAGAAACUUGUUACUAAGAGAAGACGAGAAAUGUUGCAAAAGCAGAAAGAACAAAGAAAGGAGCAGAUGUCGAUAGGAGACACUUUCAAAACCACUAAAGAGGUUAGCCACUACUUGAGCCACUGGCAAAAGCUUCUGACUGAUCAUACUGUUGAAUUUGAAGAGCUUAUUGAAAAGCUUGAUAAUGAUGCCAGUGAAGAAAUAAAAGUGCUUAGAUUUACUUUGACAGAGAAAGCUAUUGAUGAACUUAAACGCAUUCAGUAUGGAGUAAUCACUCAAGAACUGUUAAAACUGAGUGUGCCAAAGCCAUUCCUGCAACAAAUUGUUGAGGAGCAUAAAAAGGAAAUUGCUAUUCAGACUGAACAGCUUGAAAAAGAAGAACAUGACAAAAAUAUGGCCACUCGAGAAUGGCUUGAGAAUACCAGGCAAAAACUGAGCCAAGAGCUGGAACACAGAAUUGUAGAACAAAAAAAAUUAAGGAGUUGGGAACAGUUAGUGUUCAAGAGACUUUUAAGUCUGCCUCUUUCAUUAUCUGAAGAGGAAUUGCUUAGAAUGAAGCAAGAGUUCCAUUGCUGCUAUUCUCAGAUGGACAAUAACUUAGCUUUGCCCAAGAUUCGGAGAAGAGCUUUGCUUCAGGCGUAUCAGUCGGCGUGGAGGGAAGCGGAGCUGCUGAAAGUGGAUCAGAACUCAGCAGUAUCCGACAAACAGUCCAAGAUCAAAAAACAACGAUCCAAGAAUAGAAAUAAGAUAGAUGUUCUGAAAAAAUCUUUGGAGGAUAAAAUUCGCAUCUAUGACGAACCGAUUACAGAUGAAAAUUUGAGCAAGGUCCAUAAUGAGUUGCUGCUUGAAAAGGAGCAUCAGUUGCAUUCUCGGGAGAAUAAACUUGGAGAGUCCAUUGCUGCUUUACAGUUCCAAAAGACUGAUAAGAAGUCCAAAACGUUGGAGAUUUACACCGCUAUCAUAAGUGUACAAGCUUUGCUUCUGGAAGAAUUGAGCACAUCAAAAAUACUAUCAGAAUCAGAGUGUACCCACAUUUUAGAGGCACAUAAUCCUGAGAUUGAAGAACUUGACAGAAAGUUGGAAUAUGAAAUGUUACAUAAGGAGACGGCUCAGCAGCAGCACCUAUUGAAUAGGCAGAGAUGGACUCCAGAUGGAUUGGGACUUUCAGAUGAAGUUGUGGAAAUUAAUGCAGAGAGACAGGUGUCUGCUCUGCUGUGUCAGGCAUUGAAUAAGUGUAAGCAAUUGGUAAAUCUGCAUCGGCAAAGCUUACAAGAAGAGCAAUGGAAUGAUGUGGUGCUUGAAGAUCUUCUGGAGAAUAUAGAAAUGGAUACAUUUUUGGCACUUUACAGCCAGGAGCUCCGAUUGGCAGCUUAUUUAACCAAACUGACAAUGGUACCGGUGGGGAUGUUGCACAGACUGCUGAACUUACUGCUGCCUUCGAGUUCACAGACUGAGCUUCUUUCUGUUCUGGAUUCAAUCAGUGACAAAUAUUCAGACAGUGUUAUUGAAAGUGACAUAAAUGUGGAGGAAGCUGACAGCUGUAGAAAGAGGAAGCACCAAGGGUCAUGGCAAGCGUUAGAGAGCAAAGUAAGGCAGGAUCUGAUAAGCAAAGGCUUGGAGAAGAUGCAUUCUGCAAACAGGAGUAAAGAAAGCCUGCUAAAGAAGAAGCAACUUGCACUCAUGGAAAGAACAUCAUUCUCUCCUCUCGGAUGUUUGUCUAGACACCCUCCUGUGGAACCUUCUGGCCAGCCUGAUUCAUUGAACACUGCUGCUGGAGAAGCCAUUGAGCUAUUAGACACAGGGGAGAAGAUAUUUCUGUUCCGUGAUCAAAGGGAUCCCAUACUUGCUUUGCAUAGUUCUCCAAGAAAAAAGAAAAAGAACUUCCUAAAUUCCAAGAAGACUGCGUUGGCAAACAUGGGCUAA